UGAAAACACAAAGUAUAUGUGGUGUGUUUAAACUCAGGGCUUUAGGUAGCUACCUUUAUCUUCUUAGGCUUAUUUUGGUAUGUUUGUAUUCUGGCACUGGGUCUUUGAUACAAUAUUAAACCAUGUGGACUCUCCCAGGAUGCUGUCGAACAACCCCCACAUCGGGCAAAAAGUGGCAGGCUGUUUGAUUUUCCUCUCCGUCUUUCAUAUCAACUUUUCUGCUGGCGGCACUGGAAAAGGCUCACAUAGCCAAGAUGAUAUGCAUGUCAUCCACAACAAUCAACUUGACCUGCGGGAGAUAGUGUUCGUCAUCCAGAGUCAGAGCAACUCCUUCCAUGUGAGGCAGGCAGAAGCACGGAGAGCAGACUUACUGCAGCAGGCUCACGGUCUGAAAGAGAAACCACCAGUGGUAUUGCUUCUUCAUAGUUUAUCAGAUCACGAGGGAGAUUGGAGUAUCCUUCCUCUGCUGCCCAACUUAUCGAACUCCUUCGGGAAAAACUCCUCCUGGAUUGUAUUUCUUGAGGAGGAAACAAAUGUGAAGAUGACUAAGCUGGUUCAAGUCCUUUCAAAAUUUGACAACAAUAAAGAGUGGUUUCUGGGUAAGCCCCUGCAUGACAAGGAGUCGACUAUCAUACAUCACUACGCGUUUGCAGAGAAUCCCUCCAUGUUUAAAUAUCCCGACUUUGUUGCUGCUUGGGCCUUAAGCACCCCCCUUUUUGUUCGGCUCGCAGACAAAGUGAGAAAUGAACCACUUAAAUCUGACUUCACCAUUGACCUGAAACAUGAGGUUGCCUUGUAUAUCUGGGACAAUGGCAACGGUCCACAUCUCACUGCCGUUCCUGAGCUGUGCACUGAGCCGGAGGGCUCUCCCAAGACCCAACACUGUGCCACGUCUCUGAGCACCGUGCCUCCUCUGUGUGGAGAGCCUGUAAAUAAAGAAGAUGUAUUUGUUGCUGUGAAAACGUGUAGGAAGUUCCACAGUGAAAGAGUUCCAGUGAUAAAGAAGACCUGGGAAAAGGAUGCCUUCUUUUUAGAGUACUACAGUGACCAUGCUGAUCCAGCCAUACCAACCAUUAAUUUAGGAGUUCCAAACACAGAAAGAGGCCACUGUGGGAAAACGUUUGCAAUUCUUCAAAGAUUUCUGACCAGCUCUGUCCCAAACACCAAGUGGCUCCUUGUUGUUGACGACGACACACUUAUCAGCCUCUCCAGACUGCAAGUCUUGCUGAGCUGUUACGACCCAUCUGAACCAGUGUGUCUGGGGGAGAGGUACGGCUACGGCCUGAGCCAAGGUGGCUACAGCUACAUCACAGGAGGUGGAGGGCACGCCCAGAGGACUACGCCAGAGACUUCUUAGCUCACCAGGUGCCCAUCUCUUUCCAUAAACACUGGAACAUCGACCCCAUUGCUGUUUUCAACAAAUGGCUGAAGGAUGACUUGAGGACAAAAGCUUCAGAUGGACUUAAUAAAAGCACUAAGACAGAGUUAUAAACAUUUUAAGCACACUGUGUGUGUGUGUGUGUGUGUGUGUGUGUGUGUGUGUGUGUGUGUGUGUGUGUGUGUGUGUGUGUGUGUGUGUGUGUGUGUGUGUGUGUGUGUGUGUGUGUGUGUGUGUGUGUGUGUGUGUGUGUGUGUGUGUGUGUGUGUGUGUGUGUGUGUGUGUGUGUGUGUGUGUGUGGGGGUCAUGGAGCUGAAAUAUUGUCCUUCACAGAUGUAAAUGUUUUUGUAUUGUUAAUGUUGAACUGUUAAGAGGGACCAUAUCAGUGUGUGUCCAUGACUAAAUCUGAGAGUGUCUUCAUGACUGAGUUGCAUGUUGUUUUGGAAAUAUGCAUACACAAUAUGUGUAUAUUUAUAUCGUAUGAAUAAUCUGAACCCUACAGAGAUCUUCUCUGGGAGAUACUGUCUUUAAAAAGUAUCACUAAUGCUGUACAAUGUGCUCUAUUUUGACAUAAAAGUAUAAAUAUUUCAGAAAUGUGUGUUUUUGUUUUCAUUGGAGGCUUAAAAUAUGUUUUAGUUUAAACCAGUAAGUAACUAAUAACAACUAAAUUAUACUACUGAAAGUUAUGUAUAAUGUAUGUUAAAGGUGAAUUAAGACUAAGACAGUAAAGACUUGCUGUUGUGGUGCAGUUUAAGGCAUUAAAGCUCUCUAAAGUAAGCUGAAGGUUUAUAAUUACUCCCUUAUUAAAAGGGUCCAACUGCUGUUUAGGCAAAUAACCGUCUUAACUCUACAUUACUUUUGUUUUUACUUACUGACUUGAUUCACCUAAACACCCUCAUUACAUUGUUAGCCAAGACCAUCUGUUUCUCAAUGUGAAGCCAGUUGCAGGAACAAAAAAGGAGCAUGAAUUUCAUAGACAUAUUUGUUCGUAAAAUAUUGGCUGGUAUCCUGCAGAAUGAGGUAGAAAUUAGUUUUAUCAACAUCUAUGAACAUUUUUCAUUACAACCUUUUUUCUCACAAAAUGAUUUGUCUAAUAAAAUGAAUUGGCAGACCCAAUGAUUUGCUGACCAUUAAAGGUCGUUGAGCCUCAGUUGAAGAAUUAAACCUUCCUCCUGGCUGCUUUCCAUCCUAAAAGAAUAAUUUGCAGCUGUAAUACUUCAUUCGGAAAGAGAGGGAGCCGGCUGCGGCUUCGUGGUGGCAAAAGCAUUAGAAAGACCAGAUUUUUAUGAAUUGCUUGAUAUCAAUUACACUGCACUAAUUAAAUUUGUAAAAUGCCAUUACUGUCAGUCCAUAGAAGACCUACUGUAAUACAGAAAAUGUCCCUCUACUCUGUUAGUAAUGUGGUGCUAAAUUUACACUGUCCUAAUAGCACAGAAGGCCAGCUCCAGUUCAUGAAAAGUAUCUUAGCCUCAGGCAUUUGAGCAGUGCAGUAAGUCAAGGAGACAUCUGCUCACACACCUAUGAAUUGUAGCCUAUUGCAGGAAACAUAGUUAAAUUCCUUGAGGGACUCACGCACACAUUGAGAGAUGAGGGAAAUCCUCUCCUUAAUUCUGACCAGGUCCACACAACAUGAUUGCUUCGCCAAUUUUUAUAGUGUGUCAGCAACAACUUCUGAGUCGGGUUAGACUUUGAUGUUGAAUUUAAUGCUUUAAUCUUCGUCCAAAAAAAGUCAAACAGGGAGAUGAGUGUAGUUCUGUAUUUCUUCCAAAACACAUUGUCUAUUUUUUGUUCAGCACAGUAUCUGAGUUUUUAGAUAAACUGAGCUAAUUGAGCUAUUAUUAUUUUAUUUUAUUUUCCUAUAAAGGUGUAAGUGCUGGUUCAGACCCCUGUCACAUUAAGGGUUGUAACUUGAUGCGGAAAUACUGAACUCAUUAAUUAUUAUUUAUUUUACGUCCUUGCCUAAACAUCAGCAAUGCAGAUUUGAAUAGAUUUGAUGAUCAUUUCAGUCACUAAGAAACAUUUUUGCCUUUUGUGCUUCAAAAACACCACAUAUGCCUGCCUUAAUUUAAGUAAUGUGAGCUACAAAAUUGCUCUGUGAAUUUGUGUAACUAUGUUUAUUUUGUGCUUAUUGUCCUCAUUUGUAUCCUCAUACAGUAAUUCCCACUGUUCAUCCAGUUUGGGUUUAUUGUGAAUGACAUCUUGCCUUGAAAAAAGAUUAUCAAAAGUUGUUCAAGAACCAGUACAAUAAGGAGAGUGGGCAGACUUGGUAAUUGUCUCCAAGGCUUUACCUGACAAAUUUCCUCCUGCAUUUGCAUAAGAUUUAAAGUUUUUUUUUCGUUCAAAUUCCCAAAAGAAAAAACAUUUUCCAACUAUGUCUUGUUUUAUGCAGAUCGUUUUUUUUGUUUUGCUUGUUCAAUAUCUGCGUCUGAGAUACUUUCUCUCACUAAGCCCCCUUAAAACUUUGGACUAGCCCUUUAGAAUUAUGUGACUU